AAUAGCUGUUUAGCUGGCCCUAAAUUAAAGCUGGCUGCCGGCCAGCAGCAGCCAAUUCCCAGAACCAGAACCCGGCCACCCGUCUGGAGCAGAAGACAUAGCACAUUCAAUAGACUCCAACCCGACAAACGGCCUCCGCGGCUGUAUAAACAAACUUCAACAGAAUAAAUUGCUGAUGCUGCUGUUCUUUUUGGCGUGGAGCACAUUAUGCAAAAACUAGUUUGAGCGGUUAUUGAACCUCUGACACUUGACUUGCGUUUGCCGGCAAAUAUUCAUUCGCCCCCAGGCGUGACCGCUCGCUCAAUUCUUAUUAAAGAAGUUCAAUCUGGAAUACAGAAUUCGACGUGUCAGCAGAAGAGGGACAUGCACGUGUACAAAAUGAGUAAUCGAGUUCCGGAGCUAAUUAUAUGCUCCUUUAUCGUGGUCAGCUUGCUGGUUAUACACUUCUUUUCGGACCUGUUGCGUGCCUCGCUUGGCGGCUUCUACACCAAGGAUGUGACGCUAUCGCAGAUUCUGGAUGCCCAGAACUCCGACUAUGCCUGGCUUCUAAAACUGUUGGUUAACUGCUUCGGCUACAGUUGCGUCUUUGUACCCGGCUAUCUCAUAUACAAAUAUGUGGCACGCACCGGCUACCUCGAAAGAGGCAACAAGACCAUUCUGCACACGGCCAUCAACAUGUGCAUUACAGGCAACUCCACCUACGAGCCACUGGAUGUUGCGGCCAGUACAGCUGAUAAGGAAAGAUCUACAGGAUCUGUGGCGGUCAAGCGCACGAGUUCCCAGGAGGCUGUGCAGCUGCUUUGGUGCUUUGGCGGCCUAAUGGUGUCCUAUUUGACCUGGGGCGUUUUGCAGGAGAAGAUCAUGACACAGAAAUAUCUGAAUUUUGCUGGUGAGAGUUCCAAGUUCAAAGAUUCGCAAUUUCUGGUGUUUGCCAACCGAUUGCUAGCCUUUAUGGUGGCCCUCAUCUAUCUGCAAUGGCAGCCCUCGCCCACACGACACCGAGCACCGCUUUACAAGUACUCCUUCGCCUCGUUCUCGAACAUAAUGAGCGCCUGGUUCCAGUAUGAGGCUCUUAAAUUUGUCAACUUUCCCACUCAGGUGCUGGCCAAGUCGUGCAAAAUAAUCCCUGUCAUGGUGAUGGGCAAGAUCAUGUCGAAGGCCAAGUAUGAAUCUUACGAGUAUGCCACAGCUGUGCUAAUCUCGCUGGGCAUGAUCUUUUUCAUGAGUGGGUCGGCAGACAGCAACAAAGCCAGUGGAGUGACCACCUUAACGGGCGUAUUCCUGCUCUCUUUGUACAUGGUCUUCGAUAGCUUCACAGCCAAUUGGCAGGGCUCGCUGUUCAAGAGCUACGGUAUGACCUCCCUUCAGAUGAUGUGCGGCGUUAAUCUGUUCUCCUCGAUCUUCACUGGCGCCUCGCUGUCGAUGCAGGGCGGAUUCAUGGACUCCCUGUCCUUUGCCACAGAGCAUCCGAAAUUCGUUUUUGAUAUGGUUGUGCUCUCCAUUUGCUCAGCAGUCGGGCAAUUGUUUAUUUAUCACACAAUUGAUGUCUUCGGCCCAGUUGUGUUUACCAUCAUUAUGACGCUGCGUCAGGCCGUAGCCAUCAUGCUCUCCUGUUUCAUCUACCACCACAGCGUGUCGGCUCUGGGCAUCUUUGGUGUUCUCAUCGUUUUCGUAGCCAUCUUUCUGCGCGUCUACUGCACACAGCGUUUGAGGGCAAUGCGCAAACGGGCCGAGGCUAAUAAACCCAAAAUGGCUGUCUAACCAGAGGCAUGGAAGUGGAAGCGCCUCACAUACAACGCACAGACUUCCGAGAUUAGUCUUUAAGUUAUAUUAUCUAGAUACAAGCUAUCUGGAUACGGAUCCUAGUUCCAAUCUCUGAACAGAGGCAGCUGGGUCUAUCUCUUCCCAUUUUGUACAGCUUUGUUUUACUAGUUAUAAGUUUAAAUAAUUUUAUUAUAAGGCCUAACGAUUUUAUGUGUGCUUUGAGUAAAUUGUAUAUGAUAUACCAGCA